CUUAUUUUUGCGCGGUGGUUUGUGGGUGUGAGCAAAGAAGUAAAAUGGCGGACUUGGCAAACGAAGAGAAGCCUGCCAUAGCACCACCAGUGUUUGUUUUCCAAAAGGAUAAAGCACAGAAGAGAUCAGCUGAUGGAUCGAGUGCAGAAGAUGGAGAAGAUUCAGACAAAGAUGAAGGAGGAUAUUGUCCACCGGUUAAAAGGGAAAGAACUUCAUCGCUAACUCAGUUCCCACCCUCACAUUCUGCUCCCAAGAACAAUGUGUUCAUGCCCUCAAGUUUCUGUCAGUCACCAACUGGGAACUCUGACUCGGAGCCAGAGGAGAAGCCUGUUGGAUUUCGUUUAAAACCUCCAACCCUCAUCCAUGGACAAGCUCCAAGUUCAGGUGUCCCAAGUCAGAAACCUAAGGAGCUGCAGCGCAGUGUACUCCGACCAGCCCUGCUCCAGGCCCCGCCCUCCAAGGCCCACACAGAGUCCAACUCCAGCUGUGGGACCAAUGGGGUACAGAAGUCCUCAGACGGGGCAUCAUUGGGGCAGCCUGUCUUCCUGAACAACACUGAGCACUCAGCUGGCCCGGCCACAUCGCCGAUGCAUGAAAAGGAGGAAGAUGAUGCAAGUGGAAACAAAGGGGAAGGUGGAGAGGAUUCUUCUGCAGCCUCCUCCUUUGUUUUUGGGCAGAAUAUCAAAGAUAGAGCAAAGUUGGAGGUAAACAGCACAGAUGGCAAGUCGAAAGACCCCAGUCUGAUCACCCAGGCCGAGGGCACCAAUUAUUUCUUACAGUACAUUGGCACCCCCAGUGCAAAGAACACCGUAAACAAAACAGACACCGGGGCAAAGUUUGUCUUUGGACAGAAUAUGUCUGAGCGAGUACUGAGUCCCCCCAAGGGUGAGCCAACAGUAGAGGAGAGUAAAGAGGCCCCAGCUGCCCCUGCAUCUGAGGCAUCCUCACAGGAACCCACCCCAGAGAAGGCAAACAGCAUCACAGAGUCUCUGGAAGAAUCUGCAGCAGCCUACACCAAAGCCACAGCCAAGAAGUGCAUCUUAGAGAAAGUAGACGUCAAAACUGGAGAAGAGUCGGAGAGCAAUGUUUUACAGAUCCAAUGCAAGUUGUUUGUGUUUGAGAAGACUGCACAGUCAUGGAUAGAAAGAGGCCGAGGGCUUCUCAGACUCAACGACAUGGCGUCCACAGAAGACGGAACACUACAGUCUCGUCUAGUAAUGCGAACCCAGGGCAGCUUGCGACUAAUCCUCAACACCAAGCUGUGGCCUCAGAUGCAGGUGGACAAAGCCAGUGAGAAGAGCAUGCGCAUUACUGCCAUGGACACAGAGGAUCAGGGGGUUAAGGUCUUCCUAAUAUCGGCUAGUUCGAAGGACACAGGCCAGCUUGCCGCCGCGCUGCACCACCGUAUCCUGGCUCUGAAGAGCAGAGCAGACCAGGAACCUGAAGCCCCAACCACAGCCAUUCCUGAGGCCGACGUGCCGCAGUCAAACGAGGACGACAGUGACGAGGACGAGGUGGCCAAUACGGCCUCUGCAUCCACUCCUGCUGGAGUUAACUCAGAUGGAGGAGAGACCCCAGCAGCUGGAAGCACAUAACGUCACCCUAAUGGAUGGCCUGCCAGGAGGCUGCCUUUUUGGGUAUUUUACUGCAGGCAUCUCUAUGGACAACCCUGACCAACAUGGUUCCCCCCCCAGACUAGUACUUUUGGAUAUUAGAAGUCUAUCUCCAGGAAGAA